CUGCUAAGCUCUUCCCGCGAACGGUCGUGUGCGAUCUCCGGUGUCCGAUCUUCGGUUUACGGUCUACGGUUUGAGGUCUACGGUCUACGGGCCCCGAGUUUCGCAGGUAUCGAGCUUUGUUUAGUUCGGGCAACUCCAAAGUCAAGACGUGUCGUCGGGUGCGUGCGCGAAUCUAAAAGCGAUCCGAAAGAGCAGUGUUCCAAGUUCAGCCUCUCCAAACCCUCAACCCCCUCACACCGUCUAGCUCUGGCCUGAGGAUCCGAGGAUCGACGAAUGCAUGUCUUAUAGAAGGUAAGACGCCAAGAGAGGAAGAAAGAAGGAUCCACUGCCAGCACACCACCCACAAGCCAUCUUCACAGCCAUGGAGCGCGCCCACUUGACCGCCUGGUUGGCGCUGCUCCUCUGCGUGCUUGCCGCCGCCACGCCCCCCUCCGCUCGCCCGCCCAUCGACUGCCCGACGGAUUGCGUGUGCAACUUGCUGCACAAGCACAAGACACUGUACCACCUCAAGUGCAACAGCACCCAGAGUCUGAGGCUCGCCGAGAAUACCUUCGAGUCGGCCAAUCGGGUGCACUCCAUCGACCUGUCCCACCUGAACCUCACCCGCUUGGGUCAUGUGCUGGACAAGCUGCCGGAGCUCAGCUCCGUCGACUUGUCGCACAACCAGCUGCAUGAUCUGGGCCACCUGGGCCAUCACCUCAAGCGGCUGAACGCCAAGCACAACCGCCUCACCACGGACAAGAUCAAGAAACUGCCGAAGCGCCUGCAACUGCUCAAUCUGCAGCACAACAACAUCACCAACCUGCCCUUGGAGCUGACCCACAUGGACCAGUUGUACCAGCUGGAACUGGCCCACAACCCCAUCAACUGCUCCUGCCAAACGCUGCAGGUGCGCAACUGGCUGAAGAAGCAGUCGAUCUACAUGGUGGAACCAGUGAUCUGCUCCCAUCCCCUGGAGUUCAAGGGUCUUCCCUGGCUGCAGGUGAAGCAGGACAAUAUCUGCAAGCAGGAGCUGCACCUGGUUUCCGAUUUGGAGGUCACGGAGAACGAACUGAUGAUGGGCGACCAGCCGGCGGCUGCUUCGGGAGAGCGGGAGGAUGAGGAGGAGCUGGGCAAAGACUUCCUGCCCAUCGACGGCAAGGCGGUGGCCACCUCGAAGAAGGUCCGUUCGCCCCAGGAACCGCUGCCUGGUGACCAGGUGGAGGGAUCCGGCGACCUCAGCGAGACCAACAUGGAGAUGUCCCUGCCCGUUCCCGAACCAGAACCUGCGGCGUCCCAAGUUGAGGAGGCAGUGGCCGACCAGUCCACUUCUGCGCCCCAGACCAAGGAGAAGAUCGUGGAGGACGAUGACGACGAUGCGGAGGCCUCUGGCAGCGGUGGUGGACUACUCAUCAUUCCCGACGUCACUAAAGUGAGGAUAACAUCGGAGGACGAACUCGAUGGCAAGCAGGAGGAGCACGACAGCAAGCCCGUGGAGAGUCCGGACGGCAACGUCUUCACCAACGACAUGGGCAUCUUCGAGGGCAACAAGGACGGGGACAAGCCCGUGGAGGAAGAGGUGAUUGUGCCCGUGGUGCUGACCAAGCUGGAGACAGGUCUCAAGUCCGAUGUGGUGACCGAUGGGCCCGUGGAGGACAGCAAGGAGUCCGAGGACAUACUGACCGCCAAGGUGGGUCGCAACUCGGACGACAGCAGUGCCAUCUACUACCUGCUGGCCGUGAUCGGACUGAUUGUGGUGGGACUGGUACUCUUCGUGGCCAUCAAGCGGUGCCAGUACAACAGCAGUGCCGCCGCCCGCGACGCUGAGGCCCAGCGGCAGACGGAGCUGCUGGACAUGGACAAGAAGCAGCUGGGCAAGCCGCUGCACAAGAACGGCCAUAGCAACGGCCAGGAGCACUCCCCGCUGAUCGGCGAGAAGACCAAGCUGGACGAGGCGCAGAUCGUGAAGAAGGCCUACGGGGAGAACGGGGAGGCCAAGGAUGGUGCCGGCCAGCAGCCCCUGCUCAAUGGGAAUGGAGCGGCCAGUGGCGGGGCCAAGGAUGCACCCGAGGGAGGAGAGCCCGCCGGCCACGAGUACUAUCCGAUCAGUCCGCGCUACCCCACGCCCCAGUCCCCGCGGGCCUCCAAGUACGCCCAGCAGCAGCAGGCCGCCGAGCAGAACAACAACGAACCCGACGCCGCCUACCUGCCCUCGUCGCCCAAGUCCGGCAGAUACUCGCCCGUCUACUCGCCGGAGACGGGUCGCGUGAAGAUCAAGCUGACGGAGACGCCCAAGCCCAAGACACCCAUGCUGGUGACGCGCAGCAAGUCAAACGCCGGGGACAUCAUCACCACGCCCGUCAAGCCCAUCGCACCCACCCACCAGGCGGUGGCCAUCAACAUCAAUGGCCACUGAUCUGCGCUGGCCACCAACUCCCGACACAGCCCGACUUUUCCGACUCGACCUUAGAGCGUUUCCCCAUUCACUCCGAUCUGAUUUGAUGGAAUACCCCUGUUCGAUCCCUGAUUAUGACUACUUUUCUGCACAAAAAAGGAAAGUGGAUCGAAGUGGAUCUAUAUCAAUUCGAUGGGAUUCUGAAACAGGGUCGGGGGUGUAAUCACUACACAGCCAAGGCGACGACAUGAGCAAACUAUUAGAGUUAUGCUACUAACUCCCCCUCUUAAGUGUGACCGACAAGUAGUAGCCAUAAGUAAAUUAAUUACUCCUAAGCGUAAAUCUUAGUUUAAUACCAAAGUUAAAAAAUAUGUGCAUAAAAAAGAGGAAAACUAACGUCGAGCGAAAAUGAAAUGAUAUGAAUGACCGGGGUCAAAAGAAAAGGAAGGAAGCUCACUCUUUUGAAUAAAUAAAUGUUUUCAACCCGCUUUUGCCUGUGAUGUUCACACCAUACUGGCUAUAUAUGUACUUUUAUAACCUCUACCUAUAUACUGUAAACUACUUAAGCAUCGUUCUCUUGUGAAAUUAUAAUGUUUUAAAUCAUUAAAUGGGAGCGUAUUAAAAUAUUUACAUAAAUCGUA